AUGGAGCAAACUCCCAAGGCCUUCGCAGUCUCUGUCUCUCUUGCCCUCCUAGUAGCAUUUGGUUGCUUCCUGUAUUCUCUCUCUAGGACUAUCUUACCUUCAUGUGUCCACAUGUUCCCUCAUCUGCGCAUUCCAGUUGGCCUUCAAUGCGCUUUUCUCCUUCUUCCUCAACUCACAGAAGUUCACUCCUUACAUUUUCAACGCUCUCGUCCUGCUCACCAUCUCCUCUGUCUCCUUGUGUUUCAAGGCGACUCCGACUCUGCAGACGCAGCCGGAGUAGCCUUCAACUGGACUUUUGGUCAGUGGAGAGCGGAAGGGUUUAAAGAAAUAGAUGGGGGAGUUUUAAUCAAGGCAUCUUCCCUCUUCUCCAAUGUCGUAGGUACUUUAGGUUUGCCUGUGGUUCCAGUUCUACCUGUGAUCUUCUUCCAUGACAAAAUGUUCCGAAUUAAGCACUACCUGGACGAUCAUAUGUCCAAGACUGCUGAGAAUGAGAAUGCCAGACUGAAGCACUAA